UUGCCAUCGACAAUUUAACUCAACGACUGCCUACGGAAUUAGGCUUCUUUUAAAUCAGCUGUUAUGUAAAGGAGGGAAUAUAGUUUCUGUUUACAUUUAGAAACCGGUUUUUAUUUGUAUUAUUUUAAUAAUUCAGUUUUACAAUACUUUAAUUAGAUUGAAAACAAACUUUCCAUGAUGGAUAUAUCAGUGCAAUUGCAUUUGAUCGGAUGCCAUUUAAAGUGAUGUCAUUCAAUCAUGAAAGAGGAAUUUCUUCAAACAUUCGUCUUAAACGGAGGAUAAUUAUCGAAAUUAAAACAAGACAAUACACGUUCUUUUGAGCAGUUUUGUAAUUCAAAAUGGCGUGUAGUGGAGAAGAAGGGGAGCAGAAUCACGCAAAACUGAUACAGCUUGAGAAACCUGUUCAAAAUAUGCUGAAAGCUUUGCUUGAAAACGAAACAACUAAGCAAGCAACAACGAUUGACCAGUUAUUAUUUAAUCACAGGAAAUCUUUUCGACGCAUUGGAAAGUCUGCUCAACAUUUGCUUUUCCCCCAAGGGAAUCAGCCACCAAAUCUAGAAGCAUGGGAUCUAUCAUUGUUCUGUAAUGUUUUACGUAACUGCUUUUUGAUGCAAACAACCCAGGAAAACGAUGUUAAUGCUGUUCGUACUACGCGAAACGACAUUCAUCAUUUGGCUAAGCCAUUUAUUAGCAAUGCCGAUUAUACAAAGUAUGCACAUGUCUACAAGAGCUUCAUCACAAACACGUUGAAUUAUAAAAAUGAUCAAAAUUUAAAGGCAGUCAUAAACGAGCAAGUGCAAGAAGCAGAACGACCCGUUACCAAACAAGCUAUUGAAUUGUGUCAAUUUUUUCACAAAAGUUAUUUCUCUAAUGCUGACGACGUGAACGGUAUUAACGAGAACAUCGAUGAGAAACAUGAUAUUCUUUUCGAGGAACUUCAAGAUAUGAAGAGAAUUAUCAGCACAUUGCCAAAAGAGUCGCAGUUGAAGCUUAAACCUCCAGAUAUAGCCAGCUUUAAACUACUGAUAAAAGAAUGUAGUACCGAUGACGAAAAAAAAAAUAUCGCAAAUCUUGGUUCGAAUUUUUGGAGAAGAAUUAGGAAAGAAAUGCAGCACACUGCCGGAUGAUACAUGUGAAGCGCUUAAAGAUGUUGUGGGGAAGCUAGUUAAGCGUCUUCAAGAACAAGCUGAACUGAUAGACGCCGAGUAUGGAUGUGUGUGUAUCUUCACCCGUUUUUACGACUUUUUAUCCUACAUGGAUUUUUUGGACGAUUUGGUGAAUGGAAAGCUAACAAAAAUUGCACUUCCACUUCAAAAUGCUUUAAGAUGCUGCUUUGGAAUCGAAGACUUACAAGUAGAGUUGGUCAUGGAGGAUGAGCAGUUCUUACAAUGCUUCAAAAACACACUGGAGUGCGUGAAGAAUGUUUACCCCUUAUUAAAGAAAACGACACGUGAAAGCGACCAAGGUGACAAAACGUUACCAAACAGUGCUACACAAAGCUCAGUGCAUUCAGACGCACCUGUUGCUGAUGUUCCAGACAUUAUAAUGUCGACCUUUUACACUGAGCUUGACAAUAACAUCGAUUUAACUCUAUCCAAGAAUGAUGCAAACAAAUAUGGAAUGGUUCUAAAAGAUGCCAUAGAACUAUUUAUAGCUGGUCAGAGUCAGAGACAAGCCCCUGCAGUAAGGGCAGAACGAGAGGUAAAACGGUUGACAAAAGAGUCCAUCAAAACCGAAGAAGAGUCCAUUUCGCCGACAGGAAAGGAUCAGGUACAAUCUUAUCCAGGAGAAGCAAGGGCCGUUCGAUUAACAAAACAGGAUGCCGAAAGUGUAGACGAACUCAUGUUGCAAAAAGGAACGGACCAUGUUCUAUCUCCAGCGUUGGAAAAAGGGGAAGCAGCAGAAGGACAUUUUAAACAAGAGUCCACCCAAAGUUUUGAUAAAGACUUGUUGCCGAAAGAUUCCAAGAUUCUACCAAGAAUAGAUCUGAAGCUUUUGUCUCUAAGAAAGGCAGAUGUCUUUCGUUCAACGAAACAGAACGAAGAAAGUGAAACCCUGUUGCAAAAAAGUAAUGAUCCACCAUCAGAUCAGGACCAGUUGCUUCCGGUUGAGGCGGAGGAAGGAUUAUGCCUUGAUGAAGUUAGUAAAGGUUCAGUUAUAUUUAAAUGUAAGCCUACCCGGCCAAAUGCUCUUGAGACGCUUACAUCGUUUUGCAAUUCUGGGCGGAUAAAAGCAGUGAUUUCGGCAUUCUUUAGUGUGCCGAGUGCUCUUGAAAAUCUACCACAAGCAGGAUUUGUACAACGACUUACUAUAGAUGCAGCAUUUGUUGAUUACGAAAAUGAGAGAAAUUUACAAGAUGUCACUCUUAAGUUUCAAAGAUAUUCAGAAAAUGAUACCGAAAAAGAGCAAAAAGACCCGAAGAUCAAAAGUAGGAUGAGUGACAAAACUUUACGUUCAACAGAGCUUAUAUACCAGGGAAUUGUCCGUUUUACAAUAGAAGAUAAAGAACUGAAAGUACAGACAGUUAUGCCCUUGGUGCGUUCAGGUCAGGAUCAAAUAUGGAGCAGCGGUAUGAAUGAAAUAAGACGUCCAGUAGGCGCACGUAUUGAGAGAGAAAAGAGCUUUACCGAAAUUUCAUCCUGUGUCCAACCUGAUGUUGUGAACAAAGACAUUUCCAAGAGACAAGAUUUCCGAAAGCUUCAACUACUUCAUAUAUUCAGCCAAGAUUUUGAAAUGCAAGAACUAUUCCAUAGAAAGAGACCAGAUCUCCUAAUUGAAGAACUUCAUAGAAUGAGACAAGAUCUCCUAAAGGAAGAACUAUUCCAUAGAAUGAGACAAGAACUGAAAGUACAGACAGUUAUGCCCUUGGUGCGUUCAGGUCAGGAUCAAAUAUGGAGCAGCGGUAUGAAUGAAAUAAGACGUCCAGUAGGCGCACGUAUUGAGAGAGAAAAGAGCUUUACCGAAAUUUCAUCCUGUGUCCAACCUGAUGUUGUGAACAAAGACAUUUCCAAGAGACAAGAUUUCCAAAAGCUUCAACUACUUCAUACAUUCAGCCCAGAUUUCGAAAUGCAAGAUCUAUUCCAUAGAAAGAGAUCAGUUUUAGAUCUCCUAAAGGAAGAACUACUCCAUAGAAAGAGACAAGAUCUCCUCAUAAGUGACGAACUUUAUACAAUAAGACAAGAUCUCCUAAAGAAAGAACUAUUCCAUAGAAUCAGCCAAGUUUUAGAUCUCCUAAAGGAAGAACUACUCCAUAGAAAGAGACAAGGUCUCCUAAAGAAAGAACUAUUCCAUAGAAUCAGCCAAGAUCUCCUAAAUGAAGAACUUCAUACAAUCAGACAAGAUCUCCUAAAUGAAGAACUUCAUACAAUCAGACAAGGUUAUCUUGAAGAACUACUCCAUAGAAUCAGACAAGAAGCCGAGGAAAAAAGAAGCAGAUAUAUGCUGAGACAAGAGCGAUUACUUGUAAAGGAACCCUGGAGACAGAGUGUGGCUAUUUUUAAAUGCGGCAGUGAAAUCAUUACGCUUCAAAACACUACGAUAGAACCAUUGGGGUUUGCAUCGCUCGAUAGUUCGACAUGUGUACGGACGUCAGUGCAACCUGUUGUGGCUCCUUCUGAAGUCCCAUUGGCGACCCGAAGUAGAAAUAAAGUAGUACUUUUAGAAAGCGAUGCAAUACCUGGAGUCUACCGUGACAAAACUCUAUUAGGUACAUAUGUUCAAAGAAUUCCUCGGGUAGUUUCCAAUGCGGACUUGUCUUUGGUUACAGAACAAUUUCUUUCGAAAUAUAGUAUGCGGAAUGGAGUCCACAAAAACAGUGUCUCGAAACGUUUUGAUCUCCGUGUGAAUGCUCCUGUGUGUGAAAAAAAGUUCUUAACCCAUACGAUAGAAAAUUGUGUUUUACAUUUACGCGGAAAACACGAUAUGUGUAUAAUCCAAUAAUUUCGCGAACUUUGUGCAGCAAGUGUUUUAGAACGGAAUUGCACCUGGUACAAUUAUUAGGUGUUUGUAGGUCCGAAUCGGGAACAGUGCAAUUAGUCAACCGGUCCUGUAGGGCAGAAUCAAAUGUGAAUCAAGUAUGUAGUCAUUGCAACGGAUCAUUAGCGAUCGUUUACGCUGUUUUUUUGGAGAGCAUUAAAACACACGCGAAAACUUGCACUGAAUAAACAUGAAUGACGACACAACAAUUGAAAUAUAUCAUGUCUUACCUUUGAAACUUAUUUUUAAUAUGUGUUGUAAAUAUUAAGAACGUUCGAGGUGUGCAAUUUAGUUUUGUGAUGAGGAAAGAAAAUCAUGAAUUGAUUACCAAUGACUGCAUGUAGUGAACUAUUUAUGUAAUUACUUGUUGCUUAGUUACUCUGUUAUUUACAUUUCAUAGUUCUUGCAUAAUAUUCAUUGAACAUAGUUUUGUCUUAAGAAUAUUAAACAAAUGUCACUACAAGAGAUGUCUCAUUUAAAAUGUUUAUGUUACUAUAAUAGGUGUAUAACACGCUUAACAAUGUGUCAACAAAUAUUCAUUGUACAUAUAGUAUUGACUUUUGUAAUUAUGUUGUAAAUAGUUAUUAUAGCGUUGUACAUACAGGUGGAUUAAUAAAUUGGAAUGUACAUAGAGUCAGCUUAUUGAAAACAGGAAUAUUAUUGAUUGAUGGUAUAUAUUAUUGUACACAUUUUGUUCAAGACAAUGCUUUGUUUUGAUAUUAUUUUGUUUAUUAUGUUUAUGUUUAUUUAACGUUGAUGAAGUUUAUGUUUGCGUCUAUCAAAAACCACAAUCAUAAACGCAUUUACUGAUUAAAUGAUUUAAUGUGUUAUUGACAUGUUUUCUUUCACUGUUUAUAA